UGACAGAUUUUUACGUGCUAUGAGAUCGGUGGCUUUGUAUUCCGUAUUAUAUUUUAACAUUUUAGGUAUUUUCAACAAAUUGUAAAAAUAAUACUCGGACGAAGUGCAGUUUUAAUUUGAGUCAAAUGAGUUUUGCAUCAAAGGGCUAGUUUUUAUUUGACAAGGUGUAAUUGAAAAUAGACUCAAAAUGUCUCGUCAUCGAAAUGUCCGGACUAUGAACUACGACGAUGAAUAUGACGACGAUGAUGACUACCAGUACAGUCACUCAGUAGAGGAUGAAUGUAUAUCUCCAACGGAUGCUCAACAGUGGAUUUACGAUCGUGCUAAGGGGCAACAAAGCAUGUCAGCUUUUCUGGCAAACCACAGAGAUAUAGAGGAAGAAAAUGCAGAUGAAUUGGAAGCAGAUAGAGAACAAUCCGAAGAAGAAAGACAAAAGUUACAACGAAGAGAUUCAGAGUGCUAUCAAAUGCCUCAACUGGACGAAGAAAAUCGAGCACGGUUGGUGUCUUGCAUGGAGGAAAUAAGAAAUAUUAUAGGCGAAACCACUACCGAUCGGCAAUUAGUUGAAGCUAUCAUGAAACACAACUACGAUUUUAACAAAGCCUUAGACGACGUUCUGAACAGCAGCAAAACUCCUCCCACUCUUAGUCCUGCCGUGGUAGCAGCUAAAAACACUAAGGAACCUAUUGGAAAAGGAAUAAGCGAUCUAUUAUUUGAGAAAUCAGAUAAAGCGCUCGGCCGAGAUACGUCAUUGUUGACAACCGCUGCUCCAGUUCCAGAAGCUAACCAAUCUACCAUUCUCGUAACACCAAAUACGAAAAAGCUAGGCGUAACUUUGGGAUUCGAGAUAAGCAGUCCACGAAUGCAAUCUCCGUCCGUUUCCGGACGUAACACACCUGAGAUCGGCGAAGAUGGCAAACAGCAGCAGCAGCAGCAGCAAGUUCAGAAACCUCUUCCGAGGGAAUUACAGCGUAAUGCUCAGGAACUGUUCAACAAGGAACGGGGAGCCGAUAAGCAACACAUCCAUAUGGUUGUUAUUGGUCAUGUUGACGCCGGUAAAAGUACAUUAAUGGGACACCUAUUGUGCGACAUCGGCCAUGUUUCACAACGAGCAAUGCACAAAAAUGAGCAGGAAAGUAAAAAGUUGGGCAAGCAGAGUUUUAUGUACGCAUGGGUACUAGAUGAAACAGGAGAAGAACGGGAACGCGGCAUAACUAUGGAUGUGGGUAGUUUAAGGUUUGAAACAGACAGUAAACAGAUAACACUUCUGGACGCGCCUGGUCACAAGGACUUUAUACCGAAUAUGAUAUCAGGAGCAAAUCAAGCUGAUGUUGCACUGCUGGUUGUGGAUGCCACCAGAGGGGAAUUUGAAACUGGGUUCGAACAAGGUGGCCAAACGCGAGAACAUGCUUUACUAGUACGUUCGCUAGGGGUUAAUCAAUUAGGUGUCGUAAUUAACAAACUGGACACAGUGAACUGGUCGAAGGAGCGUUUCGAUGAGAUUGUUAGUAAGUUGAAAGUCUUCCUCAAACAAGCCGGAUUCAAAGAUUCUGAUGUGACGUACGUUCCAUGCUCCGGUUUGACUGGACAAAAUUUAGUUAAGGUCCCAACUGAUCCUGAAUUACUGAAGUGGUAUAAAGGACCAACUUUACUCAAAGUGAUUGAUUCCUUCAAAACUCCGGAGCGCUCGGUUGACAAACCUUUUCGUAUGUCUAUAUCCGAUAUCUUCAAAGGUACCGGCUCCGGAUUUUGCAUCUCUGGUCGGAUAGUAUCCGGCGUGAUUUGCGUCAAUGACAAAGUGUUAAUUUGUCCCAGUAAAGAGCAAGCGGUUGUCAAGAACAUCGCAAUUGACGAGGUGCAAUACACAACCUGUUUCGCUGGCGAUCAGGUUUCCAUCACCCUGGCGAACGUGGACGUGACCAACAUAGCGAUCGGAUUUUUACUUGGCGAUAUUUAUAAUCCGAUUCCACUGGCAACACGAAUCCGUGCUCGAAUCGUGGUGUUCAACAUCAAAGUUCCAAUCACAAUGGGUUUCCCAGUGCUUCUGCAUCACCAAUCACUCAUCGAACCAGCAAUAAUAUAUAAAUUGAAGGCACAGCUGCACAAAGGAACCGGCGAGGUAGUAAAAAAGAAUCCUCGUUGCUUAGGCAAUAAUUCGUGUGCUCUAGUUGAUAUUGAGUUUCAACGACCUAUCGGUAUGGAACGAUACUCAGACAGCAAGGAGCUGGGAAGAAUUAUGCUUAGAGUUAGUGGAGUGACGAUCGCCGCUGGUCUUGUUACCGACAUUGUAAAAUGAGGUAGACCCUUGAAUGUUGUCUUGGAUGUCAAACAUUUGCAAUACAAUAAACUCGAAAAAUCCAACAGUUA